CUAAACUGGCACUUGGGUCCUGAGACCGGGGAAGGAGCGUAGCGGAGCCGUGUCCCAGCUGGAUUUAUCAGUCAGGCUCCCCGGGCACACAGGAGCUCCCCUUACCCUCUCCUUCUUACAGGCAGAGCAGAAAGAGCCACCUUGGAUUAGCGGCCGAGAGCCGGCAACCUCCCCCCUUUCUCUACUCGGUGAUCCCCGGCGGGAGUAGGAAGUGGGGAGCCCGGGCAGGAUGCCGGGGUACGAUUACAAAUUCCUGGAGAAGCUACGGCGCAAGUUUCUGUGCCCCCUGUGUGGCAAAGCCAUGCGGGAACCUGUGCAGGUAUCUACGUGCGGCCAUCGCUUCUGUGACACCUGCCUGCAGGAGUUCCUCAGUGAAGGAGUAUUUAAGUGUCCAGAAGAUCAACUCCCUCUCGACUACGCAAAGAUUUACCCAGACCGAGACUUAGAAACCCAGGUCAUGGGCUUGAGUAUACGCUGUAUACAUAGUGAAGAAGGGUGUCGCUGGAGCGGGCAGCUAAAGCAACUUCAGCCUCACCUCAACAUUUGUGCCUUCAAUGUUAUCCCCUGCCCGAACCGCUGCAGCACCAAGCUGAUUCGUCGAGACCUGCCGGAGCAUAUGCAGCACGAUUGCCCAAAGCGCAAAGUACGGUGUGAGUUUUGUGGGGCAGACUUUACCGGAGAGGCAUAUGAGGAUCACCAAGGCUGCUGUCCCCAGGAGAGUGUGUACUGUGAGAAUAAAUGUGGAGCUCGCAUGAUGAGGCGCGUGUUGUCUCAACAUUCCCUGGUGGAAUGCCCCAAGCGUACCCAACCCUGCCCUUAUUGCAACAAGGAGUUUGUGUUUGAUACUAUCCAGAGUCAUCAGUACCAAUGUCCAAGAUACCCAACUCCCUGUCCCAACCAGUGUGGAAUAGCAAGCAUUGCAAGAGAAGACCUGAGCAACCAUUUAAAGGACAGCUGCAGCUCUGCCCUCGUGCUUUGCCCUUUCAAAGACUCUGGCUGCAAACACCGGGGUCCGAAGAUCACUAUCAGUCGGCAUCUAGAAGAGAACAUGAGAGCCCAUCUUAGCAUGAUGUCAUCACUGGUCAGCCGACAAAGGCAAGAAAUCCUGGAGUUGAGGAAGCAAGUUGAAGAACUGUCUGUCAGCAGUGAAGGGGUGCUUAUCUGGAAGAUCAGUGACUACUCCCGAAAGGUGCAAGAAGCAAAGGUCAGAGGCAACUUUGAGUCUUUCAGCCCACCCUUCUACACUCACAAAUAUGGUUACAAGCUUCAGGUUUCUGCCUUUCUAAAUGGCAAUGGCAGUGGAGAGGGCAGUUACCUGUCUGUGUACAUACGGGUUUUACCUGGGGAAUAUGACAACCUCCUAGAAUGGCCCUUUUCAUAUCGUGUAACAUUUUCCCUUCUUGACCAAAGUGACCCUUCCUUGUCCAAGCCCCAACAUAUAACAGAAACUUUCAACCCUGACCCCAACUGGAAGAACUUCCAAAAACCUACUGGUUCCAGAAAUUCACUGGAUGAAAGCACCCUUGGUUUUGGCUACCCCAAGUUCAUUUCCCAUGAGGACAUUAGGAAACGCAAUUAUGUGCGCGACAAUGCCAUAUUCUUGCGUGCAUCAGUGGAAAUUCCACAAAAGAUCAUUGCGUGAUUGGAUACUUGAAAUCUGGACUUUAUUUGAACUUGAAUUUUGCUCUUUAAAGAGUAUAUUUAAUAUGGGUGCUCAGGCUCCAUGAAGGACCGGGGUUACCAAAGGAAUACAGGACACUGGAGUGUUCACACCUUUGUACCUUUUAUUAUGAGGUUAUAUGACCAAGUCAACUGUGAACCCCUGUGGAAAGUAGGCUGUUGUGCCUAAGCCGGUUGCACUCUGGGGAUAUCCGUUCUAAAGAAACCACUAAGGCAGAGAUGGCCCAAAAUACAUUCAACAUAGAUAGCAGAGUAUGCAACUGUAAAGCUUGUCUACAGCUUUUGAACAUUAUUCUAUGGGCUUGGAAAGAAGACUGAACCUAAAACAGAAAGAUGGGGAGCCUUUAGCAUCUUACAAAAUCAUCUCCAUAACCUGAUGGAAAAUAGAUAUAUCUGUAUGGCAUCAAGUAUACUCUGGGAUGCCUCAGGCUCAGGCUUUCACAUACUCAUGGGAGAUUGUUAUGACAACAAUCCAACCAACUAGGUGCUAUCAUGAAUCCAAAGUGUCCAAUCAGAGAAAGAACUGAGAGGCUUGCCUUUGCUAUUAGGAGGCCUGUAGAAAGGAAGGAUGCUCUACCUCAGGGGAAUUGAUAUGGUGCUGGAAUAUUGUGCAACCACAAUUGGAAACAUUCCAUAUGUGUUUCUAGGUAAUUAACCUGUAGCACUCAGUCAGUGUGCUUUUUGGUCCAUCUCUGAUGUAAAAGAUAACAAAGUGGUUCAGCAUUUUCACAUUUAUGGCCAAUAAAUGCAUCAUUAAAUGCAAAUAUUCUGUGAUAUUACAGGACUGUGUCCUGUGGACCCAUAGCGGACAUUCUUUGUAUACUAUUUCACAUUACAGUGAACAUUUUCUAGGUUUAUAUGCUUUUUACGCUUUUUGUAAUUAACAGUUUGAUAAUUAAAUGCUCUGGGCCUUUUGGCCUUUGAUUCAAUUUAA